AUGUUAAAGAACGGGGACUGAAAGGGAGGAUAUGCUAAAAUUCCUAUCAGUACAGUACAAAGAAAUGUGUAUGUGAUAUGCAUGCAGAAAGUAGUUUAACGUUCCCGUUAGAAUUGAAGCGAUCCACCAUAUCCGCCAGAUGGACUAUCUAUGGACCACAAGGACCACGAAAACACAGCAUCAAAAAUAUCAGAGCCUAACCACCAAUUGUCCGAAACCAACAAAAGCGUCUCUUCAUGGCGCUGGCGCAUUUGCCAGUACUUAUGCACACAUGGACAAAAAAAAAUAAAAAAUAUUGUGCCCCGUAGGGCUAUCCACUCAAGAUAUACGUGUCAUCCUUGUGCAGGGGCCAUGCUAAUCUUCUCUGUAUCGUUCCAUUUUUAGAAUAUGUAGUGCUUUCGCAACUACAAUUAAGGUACCCGUACUUUAGAAGAAUUAUAUAUCACAAAAAUUUAUUUUUUUGCAAAAAUGGGAUCUAUCAUUGUCACAACGAAAUUAGCUG